AAUAGGUCUGGGCCAAUUUCGGGCCGAAUGGUAAGCCCAGAGUGCGGCCAAAGUUCGGCAACAGGCCUGGGCCAAUUUCGGGCCGAAUGGUAAGCCCAGAGUGCGGCCAAAGUACGGCGACCGAAGUCUGGCCAAAGUUCGGUCCCAGGCCUGGCCCCGUGUUAUCAUCCCAGGGUCUAGCCAAGUUCGGCGCGAGUUUGGCUGGAGCCCGGGUGCCGAGCUACGGCAGCUCGGCGGCCGUGCUUGUACCAAGGUUGGCCCAUUCGUUUUUUCCUACCUGGGAGUUCUCCUCGUGCGGUGGGAUCAUCCAUCAGCCUUCACAUCCACAGGCUCGUGGGAAACUGAUUCAUCCAGUGAUGAAGGUGACGUGCAUCGUUUUGGGAUUGCUCCUAUUGAAUCCAGGGAUUGCUGAGUCCAUCGGUAUAAAAUUUUGCGCCAGUAGAUUGGCUGAAGUCUUGCAGCUCAUCUGCGCAGGUCGAGGAUUCAAUGGUCCUAUGGAUGAUCCUAUUCCAGGUGAUGUUAUUCCUUCACAACCUCAAGUAGGCAUUGUUCAGGACUGCUGUACGAAACCCUGCGAACUGGAGGAUUUGGAUGCUUAUUGUCGGCCCAAACGGACAAGGGGAGGAUUCAUUUACAGUUAAUUUGACACCCAAACGACAGAUGAUCUCCAAAUUGGCUGCGUUCGAUAAUACAAGCUUGAUUGAUGUAUUUGACCGUUACAACAACAAUUUGAAUAAUUUUUUUACAUUCAUUAUUUACAACAUAUACUUUUUUGUACGCGAAACGAACUGACCAGUGUAACACGCUGGGUCAUGAAUAGUAUUAUUAUCAUUAAUAAAAAGAAACUGGCCAAAUAAAAAUGAGGAAAUCGGCUUAACAAA